AUAUUACACUUGUUUACGUUACGAAAAUGUUUGAUUUCUCUGAAUUGAACGUAUAAGUGAUAUUGAUGCGAUCAAACUGUGUGUGUCACUGCUCUGUUAGUUGCGGAUUUUGCGCUUCGUGUUGAUUGUGUGUGUGCAGCUCUUCAGCCUGUUAGGUUUUGUUUACGAGGAUAAUUCUUUAAGCAUGUUCGUCCAAAAUAAUCAUUUCCUACACAAGGAAACAAGUCAAACAACAUGUGAUUCUCUAUUAUCAGAGCUCCAGACAAUAUGGGAUGAAGUUGGCGAGUCUGCCAGCGAGAGGGACAAAAUGCUUGUUCAACUUGAACGAGAGUGUCUGGAAGCAUAUAAAAGAAGAGUGGAUCAAGCAAGCCAUAACAGAAAUCUUUUGCGGCAAGCAGUUGCUGAAUGCAGAGCCGAACUUGCAGUUAUUUGUUCGGCAAUGGGGGAGAGAAUGACACCAAUAAAGAAAUUUGUGCAAGGUGCUGGGAGCUUGACGAAAGAGCUGGAAGCCAUCAUGCCUGAACUAAAAGAGAUGCGGAAGAGAAAAGUUGAGAGGAUGAAUCAGUUUGUUGAAGUUCUGGAUAAAAUGUAUAAUAUCUCAAAAGAGCUAUAUACAUCUGACAAAGAAUUUUCAGAUAUCAAGGGCAUUGAUGAGAGUGAUCUAUCCUUAAAAAGAUUGGAGGGGUUACAGAGCCAGUUACAUGACCUGGAGAAAGAGAAGAGUGGCCGCUUGAAGCUGGUACUGGACCUGUUGAACAGUUUGAAUUCAUUAUGUUUAGUGCUUGGUCUGGAUUUUCAACAGACAGUCAAAGAUGUCCAAAUCACUCUUGAUGAUUCGAGCACGAGAAACAUCAAUGUUGAUACAGUUGAGAGACUAUCUACUGCAAUUUCUGAUUUUAGAGGGGUGAAAAUACAAAGAAUGCAAAAGCUUCAAGAUCUAGCUGCAACUAUGGUUGAUUUGUGGAGUUUGAUGGAUACCCCAUUUGAUGAACAAGAAAGGUUUCACAGUGUUACACGACAUAUAGCUUCCUCAGUAGAUGAAAUUAAUAAGGCUAACGUUCUCUCUUCAGACUUCAUCAGCUUUGCUGAGGCUGAAGUGGCGAGGCUGCAACAGAUAAAAUCAUGCAAAAUAAAAGAAGUUAUCUGUAAGAAGAGGUUGGAUUUGGAAGACCGUUGCAGGAAAGCACACAUGAUUGAAGAAGCAAACAGUGCAGCAAAUUACUCAGUUGAAGCCAUAGAGUCUGGAACAAUUGAUCCUUUAUACCUUCUUGAACAAAUUGAGCUUCAGAUCUCGAAGGUUAAAGAAGAAGCUUUUAGCAGAAAAGACAUACUCGAUAAGGUCGAAAAGUGGCUGGCUGCAAGGGAAGAAGAAAUCUGGUUAGAGGAGUAUAACAAGGAUGAAAAUCGUUAUAAUACUGGAAGAGGUACCCAUCUUAUUUUAAAGCGUGCUGAAAAAGCUCGAGUCAUUGUCAAUAAAAUUCCAGCAAUGGUUGAAGCACUACUCUCAAAAGCAAGAACCUGGGUGUUAGAUAGGAGAACUGAGUUUUUAUAUGAUGGAGUACCCCUCACGUCUAUGCUCGAACAGUACAAGACUUUAAGACAAGAGAAAGAGCAAGAUCGUCAAAGACAGAGGGAUCAGAAAAAGCUUCAUGGGCAGCUACUAGCAAAGCAGGAAGUACUUUUUGGUUCAAAACCAAGUCCAAUAACUAGUGGAAAGAAGGUUUCUAGAUCAAAUACAAGAGAAGGAAUGAACAAAAGGUGCUCACAUGUAGGAGAAAUGUAUCAAACGCCUACUGAGAGGAUUGCUAAAUCCUAUCAUACUAUCACAAGUAGUUACCCAGCAAAGCAACAUUCUCUGCAAGCCCAGCUAGGUGGCUAUGGACCUUCAUCUUCUGGUAAAAGAAGCUUGCGUGUUACCAGUCUUCCAGAUGCACAACAUCCUUCUAUUUCUCCGAGUGCAUGUCAAACUCGCACAACCCGGGAGCCACUCUCUUCUGUAAAUUCUUCCACCUUAUCCAAUGCAAAUUCUCCUGCUACUAUUCAAAUUGACAGCAUUCCACAGUGUGUGGUUCUUGAUAGAACACCUCCAAGUAAGAGAAGUCCAGUGGCUACUCAGCAGAAGACGAGUUCUUCGAUUGAUGAGAAUAGAACUCCAGAGAAGAUGACAAUUCCCAUGCCAACGACUCCGACAACUGUGUCUGUUGCCAUGCGUACAGCCCCAACUCCGGCAUCACCAUUUCUUCAUCAUCAUGCUCAGGAGGUUGAAUGCUCUUUUGAGGAGAGAAGAGCUGGUGUUGUUCCUUCUACAACAUACUAAUUACAUUGAUAUUCUUACUUCAAUUUCCAUCAUCACUGUGGCACCAUCUUGCACCCAUUUGCAUUUUAAGCAUUUCUAUAUUAUCCUUAGAAGGCGAUACUUUGGAGAAUUCUAUCACUCUACUAGCAUGCAUGUAGCUGUACAUAGACAAUACUGUCAAUAUUUCUUAAUUCUGUGGAUGGUAGGAUUAUGAAACAUUGUAAUGUCUUCCUCUGUCUUGCUUUCUUGAACCCGAAACUUUUGUAGUUGGUUUCUUUUAUGAGAAUCAUGGUCCUGAGGGAGCCCUCCUGAGUUUACCCUGAGGCUAGAAGAUUUUCAAUAGUACACUUUUAAAGUGGUAAAUCUGUAAAUAUGAAGCCCACACCUGCAUUGCCAAAAUUACCCCUAUUUGUACUAAUGUAUAUUUCUUUUAGCA